GUGGGGAGGAGAGGGAGGAGGGGGCUGGCGGGCAGCGGGGCGGGGCGCGCCUGGGCCUCGGCUCCUCGCGCGCCGCGUUCGCAGUCCCAGAGCCCGCGCCACGGGGAGCCCAGGCGGCCGCUGGCGGAGGCGGCGCAGCGGGCGCUGAGACCCCAGAGACAUUUAUCAUCCUGUUUUUCCAGAAGAAAAGGCAAAAUCGGAAUAAAAGAAGUGACUUGACCAAGUUACCGAAUUAUACAGUAGCAGAAGCUGGGAUCAGGAUCCCAGCUGGUACCACAUUUCCCUUCCAUCUGCUGGAAUAACAAUAAAAGUGUCUCUUGUUUACAGAAAGAUGGAUCAUUUAAACCAUUGGAGGACUCAGUUAUCACAAUGCUUCUGUGCUACCAGCUAAGAUUUAUGACAGUAAAUUCAUGACAAAUUUCCAUGUUACAGAAUGGAAGAACUAAAAGGAUACUCUCUCAUAAAAAUAGUCCUGUAGUAUCAUAUUACUAAACAAAAUUUAAAAGCACAGUUGUUAAAUUAUUAGAUUUGCUAAUAAUUAGACAAGCACACAUGCAGCAACUACUGUAUACUGAUAGUUACUGAACCUCAAAUUUAGAUGAUUUCCCUUUGUGAGAGAAGUCGUUUGCAAAGAAACCACUGAACAUUGUCACUACAUAUAUUUUCAGCGAAGUGUCAUUUAGAAAAUUUGAAUUGAAAUAAGUUCUGAAAAGUCUGAAGCCCCACUACUAAGUGGAUUUGAUAUUAUGGCAGCAACUUACAGACUUGUGGUUAGUACUGUGAACCACUAUAGCAGUGUGCUAAUAGACCGGCGUUUUGAGCAAGCUAUACAUUAUUGCACUGGAACAUGCCACACCUUCUCACAUGGAGUUGACUGCAUUGUGGUUCAUCACAGCGUUUGCGCGGAUCUCUUGCACAUCCCGGUGUCUCAUUUCAAAGAUGUGGAUCUGAACUCUGUGUUUCUACCCCACGAGAAUGGGCUUUCCGCAGCUGAAGGUGACUAUACCCAUCAGACCUUCACAGGCAUGCCCAGGGUCAGGAGAGGAUCUGCGUUUCAGAAUUCCUGUAACUUAAAGGACAUUGCAGGAGAAGCAAUCAGUUUUGCAAGUGGGAAAAUAAAGGAAUUUUCCCUUGAAAAACUCAAAAACUCUAACCAUGCAGCUUAUAAAAAAGGAAGGAAAGUCAAGUCUGACUCAUUUAAUAGGAGGUCAGUUGAUUUUGACCUGCUCUGUGGUCAUUACAACAGCGAUGGGACCUCCCCGUCCUUUGGUUUACUCCGAAGUUCCUCAGUUGAGGAAAAGUCUUUGUCCCACAGAAACUCACUUGAUACAAACCUGACUUCCAUGCUUCUUCACAACUUCUCGGAAGAAGACCUAGUUACCCAUAUUUUAGAAAAACAUAAAAUCGAUAAUUUUUCCUCUGGGACAGACAUAAAGAUGUGCUUGGACAUCUUGCUGAAAUGCUCUGAGGAUUUGAAAAAAUGCACAGAUAUCAUAAAACAAUGCAUUAAGAAAAAGUCGGGGGGUGGCAUCAAUGAAGGAAGUAGUAAUGAUGCAAUAUCUAGCUCUGAAACUGUCUAUAUGAAUGUAAUGACCAGGUUAGCAUCCUAUCUGAAAAAGUUACCGUUUGAGUUCAUGCAGUCUGGAAACAAUGAGGCUAUAGAUUUAACAGAACUGGUCAGUAAUAUGCCUAGCUUACAGCUGACUCCCUUCUCUCCAAUAUUUGGCACUGAACAGCCCCCUAAAUAUGAAGAUGUUGUCCAGCUCUCAGCCCCUGACUCUGGACAGUUUCAGACUAGUGAAUUACAAGAUGACAAGUAUAAUUCUAGAAAAAUGGACACCAUAAAAUCCAUCCCCAACAACUCCACAGAUUCCUUAUAUAACUUAGAAAUAAAAACUGCCCAGCUUCAGUCACCGUCAUUAACCAUGAACUCUUUGGAAAACGUUGCAUCUGGUGACUUAAUGGAAACUCUUUACAUUGAAGAAGAGUCAGAUGGAAGGAAAGCACUAGAUAAAGGACAAAGGACAGAGAAUGGACCCAGUCAAGAGUUAAAGGUAAAAGAACGUAAAGCAGAAUUUUCAGACUGUGGUACUCAUCUUAAAAACUGCCCUGCCUCGACACAAAAUGAAAUUGGCAAGGCAUUUGAAAAGCCAGGUGUUCAUCUAGCCGGCGAAGACCCUAAAUUAAAAGUUGCUAAAGUUGAAGCGGGAGACAAGGGGGAUUAUGUGAACCCUAACAGCCAGGAAGAGAUAGAUAAAUUAUUAAUGGAUUUGGAAUCGUUUUCACAGAAGAUGGAGACCUCUUUAAGACAGCCACUUGCUAAUGGUAAAAACUCGGAGUCUCUGAACAGUCCUGGUCAGAUGGCUGCUCAGAUCCCUGCAGAUCUUGAGCCUAAAUCUAAAGACGCUUCACCUGCAGAAAAAGUCUCACCUUCCUGUCUGACAAAGGUUAUUGAAACCAACGGACACAAAAUAGAGGAAGAGGAUAGAGCACUCCUACUGAGAAUUCUGGAAAGCAUUGAAGACUUUGCCCAAGAACUAGUCGAGUGCAAAUCAAGCAGAGGAAGUCUAUCGCAAGAAAAGGAAAUGAUGCAGAUUCUACAGGAAACCUUGACAAGUUCCUCCCCGGCCAGUGUGUCAGUCGGUAGAAGUGCUGUUGGUGAUAAAGCCAAAGAUACUACUUCAGUAGUGUUGAUUCAGCAGACCCCCGAAGUGAUCAAGAUUCAAAAUAAACCAGAAAAGAAACCUGGAACACCACUUCCACCUCCAGCCACCUUUGCAAGUAGUCCGCGACCUGUCUCCCCUGCUCCUCACGUGAACAGUGUUGUGAGUGCACCAUUGUCCAUAAACAUUCCACGGUUCUACUUUCCCGAAGGACUCCCAGAUACCUGCAGUAACCAUGAACAGACUCUCAGCAGAAUUGAAGCUGCAUUUAUGGAUAUUGAAGAUCAGAAAGCAGAUAUCUAUGAAAUGGGGAAAAUUGCAAAGGUCUGUGGCUGUCCUCUGUACUGGAAAGCGCCCAUGUUCAGGGCUGCAGGGGGAGAGAAGACAGGGUUUGUGUCAGCACAGUCCUUCAUUGCCAUGUGGAGAAGGUUGCUGAGUAACCAUCACGAUGAUGCAUCUAAGUUCAUCAGCCUUCUUGCAAAGCCCAGCUGCAGCUCUCUGGAACAGGAGGAUUUCAUCCCUUUGCUUCAGGAUGUGGUAGAUACACAUCCUGGCCUUACGUUCCUGAAAGACGCUCCAGAAUUCCACUCCCGCUACAUCACCACGGUUAUUCAGAGAAUAUUCUACACAGUCAACAGAUCUUGGAGUGGAAAAAUUACUUCGACAGAGAUAAGAAAAAGCAACUUUUUGCAAACUCUAGCCCUUUUGGAAGAAGAGGAAGAUAUAAACCAAAUCACAGAUUACUUCUCCUAUGAACAUUUCUAUGUUAUUUAUUGUAAAUUCUGGGAAUUAGAUAGUGAUCAUGACCUCUACAUCAGCCAGGCCGAUCUGUCUCGAUACAACGACCAGGCUUCCUCAAACAGAAUUAUUGAAAGGAUAUUCUCUGGCGCAGUAACAAGGGGAAAAACAGUACAGAAGGAAGGAAGAAUGAGCUACGCCGAUUUUGUUUGGUUUUUGAUCUCUGAGGAAGACAAAAGGAACCCCACCAGCAUCGAGUACUGGUUCCGCUGCAUGGAUGUGGAUGGAGACGGGGUACUUUCCAUGUACGAGCUGGAGUACUUCUACGAAGAGCAGUGUGAACGCAUGGAAGCCAUGGGCAUCGAGCCUUUGCCCUUCCAUGACUUGCUGUGCCAGAUGCUUGACCUGGUGAAGCCAGCCAGUGAUGGCAAAAUAACUCUGCGAGAUCUGAAGAGAUGCCGGAUGGCUCACAUCUUCUAUGACACUUUCUUUAACCUGGAGAAAUACUUAGACCAUGAACAGAGAGAUCCCUUCGCCGUCCAGAAGGACGUGGAGAACGACGGGCCUGAGCCCUCCGACUGGGACAGGUUUGCCGCUGAGGAGUACGAGACUCUGGUUGCCGAGGAGUCUGCCCAAGCACAAUUCCAAGAAGGCUCCUUUGAAGAUUAUGAAACAGAUGAACCUGCCUCUCCAUCUGAAUUUGGAAACAAAGGCAAUAAAAUAACCUCAAGCCUUUCAGAGAAAUGUGGAAAGCUACAGUCAGUGGAUGAAGAGUAGCUGCCAAUAUCUACAUAAACGGAAGAUGUGUAUUUUAAAUAUUUUUUCCUAGUGGAUUCUCUAUUUGCAUACUGCUUUUGAAAGGCUUGGAGGAUGCCUGUCUGCACUAGGAACUUAAAAACGUUUUUAAGCAGUAAAUCUAGAUACACACUCAACUUAGGAGGCUCCUCUAGUUUGCCUCAAACCUCUUGCAGAGCUUUUCCUUGGAAGCAAGUAUCACAUACUGUCACCUUCCGAAGUCUGCGGAUCAGCACUCUACACCCCUGAAUGUACCAAGGAUCUCUUAGGGACAGUGCCAACCACAGAAGUUGCCUCAUGUUGGCCAGCAUCCCUGAGGCCCCUCGGGGCUCCUAUGGAGCCUAGAAGAUACCUUCACUUGCAGAAAACUUGAGUCAGAAUAUUCUGGAACUUGAAAACUUAAGGGCCUCCAGAAUUGAAUCAGCCCUAGUUAAUGAAAGCACUGCCAAAACAUCUCAGAGACCUCUUUUAAUUAUGUAUACUGGAGUUCAGAGAUCUUGAACUUAACCUGGUAUAAUGUAAUUUUACAAUGACCUGCCAAACUGCUAGUCACUUUACAUCCUCAGGUAUUGUAACCACUGGGCCUUCCAACUGGCUGACAAGCUCUGCCCCUCCCCAACCUAACUCUGGAUCUUAUAUAAAAUCUCAAAACUUCUCAAAUGAAGACAGUACAGAAUUUGACUCAUACUUGAAGAAAAAAGUCCUUUGAAUUGAACAUUUGUAGAGAACUAUUGAAUGAUUUGUUACUCUCCAAAUCCAUUGAUGCCCCAUCUUUACUUCCUAUCAGAAGGCCUACUUCAAGACUUACUGGGAUAAUGAAAUACUUUAUGAAAAGUUCUUACCAUACCCUUUUUUUCACUGAGUAUUAGACGAGGACAAGAGUACAAGCCUCUACCUAAACAUUAUUCCUUUCUAUUCCAAAUACUUCAACCACCUCAAUAUUUACCAUAAAAAUCAAAGAAAAUAAUGGUAUAUCCCCAAAAGAGAAAGCUGUUGUUUACUAUUGCGGUGGUUGUGUUCAAUACAGAAUCCUACAUUUUUUUCAGCAGGCCACAGUGCAACCAAAUCCUACAAUAUCCUUGGGGGGAAAAAAACCUGAAAUUUCAAAAAGGAUGGACAGAAACCAGCCACCAAGCAACUUUUUAACAUUCACCUCUAUUAACUUCUCCCCUCCAUUCUUUUUUAACCAGUCUUCAAAGUGUCAGAAUAGCUUCUCUUUCCACAUCAAUCUUUGGUCCCUUUGCUGGUGGUAAAAGCCAAGCAUUGAAAUAAUCAAACCUUAGGGCACGGUGGACAUAAAGUAGGAGAGGAAGACGUAGGAAAUGGACAUCACUUCACGCAGUAAGGGAGUUAGCAAUCCUGCCUGUCACAGGGUCCUCCCACUGCCCUGUUACUUUACCUUCUUGAUUAGAACGGAUCUUCUAUUUUAACUAUAAUAGAAAGUGGAACUAUACAACUACUUAACAGUUCACCCAGAAGAAUGAAAAUUUAAAUAUGACUGAAUGUUUAGGAAACAUUAAAUGCAAUCUAAACACAUUAAUUAAUAGAUUUAUAUAGUAACAUGAAAUUUACCAAUUCCAUCCAGCCUUUACCAGGGAAGGAAAGCAACUAUUUAUUUUUAAUUUCAGAUAAAAAUACAAAAAAGGUAAUACUUUUAAAUAACAGAUUUUAAAAGUUUUAUUAUUCAAAAUGAUCUAAACUAGUUCUAAAACUUACAAAAAAGUAAAAAUGCAAGUCAGUUUCACAAUAUACAUUUUUUAACCAUUUGGGUUUGGGGGAUUUUGUGUUUGUUUUUACCUUAUUCUUACUGAAGUUCUCUUCGCUUCACUUUGGUCAGUGUUUGGUUUUAAAAGUCUGUUGUUAUUUUUAAAGUACAGUUAUUAAUACUACUCAAGAUAGACUAAUUUGGGUUGCCCAAAUUAUAACAUACUCAGUAACUAUAAGAAUGUGUUUCAUCGUACUCCUUUCUUAGAGCUGAAUGCAAAGAAUGUGAAUUCUGAACUACAAUAAUAUAUAUUUGACCUUCUGAUAAAGAUCAUGCUAAAUAUAACCCACCAAACUGGAAAUUUCAAGUUGUUACAUUAUCCCUGGCCCCUUGAUUACAGGUAAGUUGAGGGUUAUCUUAAUGUUAUCCAAUGAAAAAUUAGUUUCAUAGUGAUAAUCAAACUAGUAAAAUUCCAUGUAUUUCCCUUGCAUUUUACAUGCCACCACUGUGUACCACAUACAGUGUAUUUAUAAAACUUCAAUCUGAUUAAAUGAAAUAUAUCAUUUGCUCAGCUUUUGGAAAUGUUAAGGUGUGCUUGAGUGAAGACUGCAUGAACUGUUUUUCCCUUUUUGCAAAACUAAAUAAAAUUGUUAAAUAUGAA